AUGGCAGAAGAGAGAACUCAGAAUUUGGGCGUAUUAAGAUCAAUGUUCCCAACCGUAGAUCCAGAAGUAUGCGAAGCCGUCUUUGAUACGAAUGGGGGCAAGCUCGAGGAGAGUAUCAAUGCCUUGCUGUCCAUGGUUGACCCAGACUACCAAGCCGAAGAGGCUGUUCCCGUCCAAACGAUCACUGGUCAUGUUACGUCUACUUCGCGAGAGCAAAUUCAACGUGACGAAGAGUUGGCAAGAACUCUGGCUAUGGAAGCUGACAGAGAAGCUAGAUAUUAUGAACAAUCUGUUCGCGCUCAGCGGCAACAGACUAAUCAAGAAAAAGAACAGCAAUCAAAUCAGGGCGACUUUUUCGCCGAUGAGCUACCAGUAAUUAAAGAGAAGAUUGCUACUGCCGCUCAUACGGCCGCCGACACGACAAAAAAGAAGGUGAAGGAAUGGUAUGAAAAAUUCAAAUCUUCAGUACGCGAUGAUGACAGUUCACAUAUGACUGGUGCUCAAUACACAAAUCUUCCUGCUGACGAGGCUGAUCACGCCCUCUUGACCGACGAUUAUCCGCCUCAAUCUCAGAUGCGCACACAAGAUGCAUAUUCUAAUAAAUAUAAUAAAUCAGGUGGAUACACCAGCCAAUAUAACAGAGCUGGUGUAUAUACAUCUUCUUAUAAUCCGAGUUCAGAUGUAGACCGUGAUGCGAUUACAACUGUUUAUAAUCCUCCGCAGCAUUCAAGCGAGUCUCCAACAAGACCCAGCGAGUCUAAUAAUGAACCCAUACGAAUUAUAAGAGACAAAUCGAGCUCGUCUCUGGCAGCCACGGUUGACGAUGACGAUGAUGAUAAUGAUUUGACCAAACCUUUACCUUAUACAGUAUCUGGGAAUAUAGGGAAUACCAAACCGGCCGUGCCGCCGAGACCGAAUGAUUCGUCUCAGGAAUAG